AUGGUGACUGAUCCGGAUAUUGAACACAGGAACAGCUCAUUGCCAUUCAUGGAAGACACUACUGGCCUGUCGAGUACUUCUUGGUGUGGGGCCCCUAUAUUUGCCGCCGAAGCAGCACCUGAUAAACAUCGAGGUAAAAUCUUGAUGUUGUGGCAACUUUUUGAUGCGCUUGGAAUAUUUCUCGGUUUCUUCUGUGCACUUAUUGUUAUGGACAGUUGGAGAGUACUCUUGGCGACCGCAAUAAUUCCCGCCAUCGUUCUUCUCUUUUUGGUGUUCAUGUGUCCGGAGUCGCCCCGAUUCCUGAUACAGAGGAACCGAUAUGCCGAUGCAUAUAAAAGCCUCCUCGAGCUCCGAGGAACACCCAUCCAAGCUGCCCGAGAUCUUUACUACAUUCACGCUCAACUUCAAACUGAGGCUAUCACAAUAUGGAAUCCCCACAAAGAGGAAUCGUGGUGGUCAGAACGAGAAAGGAUCUACGCCUACCAAAGUUGGAUCAACAGAGGCAAUUUCUUCAAGCGGAUGAUGUGUCUUGCCACAAAUCCACGAACUCGAAGAGCGUGCACGGUGGCUUUGCUAGUAAUGGCGUCGCAACAACUAUGUGGUAUCAAUGUUUUGGCCUUCUACUCAUCCGAACUUUUACAUAGCGACCAGAGUAGCUCGACCAAGCCUAGUGACGCCUUGUUUACUUCUCUCACGGUCGUCAAAUGGUACAAUUUCGCUUUUGGUCUAGCAAACUUCCUUUUCACUUUGCCUGCAUAUAUCUUUAUCGACUCGCGUGGACGCCGACCUCUGCUACUAGGUUCAUUUCUUGGGAUGCUUUUGAGUCUGAUAUCAGUCAGCGGCUUUUUCAAAAUCGAGGCACACAAUACUCGAUUAAUCCUGGUAGCAGUAUUUAGCUGCGUACCUUUCGUCUUUUGCUACUCGAUUGGUGCUGGGCCCAUUCCAUUUACAUUGAGUGCAGAGGUUUUCCCUCUGUGCGUACGCGAGGUGGGAAUGAGUUUCAGUGUUAUGGUCAAUUUCCUUGGUCUCGGGCUUUUAGUACUCUUUGUGCCUCAGUUGACCAGUAAAUUCCACGGCGAGGGGAAUCUUCUCUUCUUCUUCUCAGGCUUGAAUUUAUUGGCACUCGUCUUGAUUUUCUUCUUGGUCCCCGAAACCAAGGACGUAUCACUAGAGGACAUGAACUCGAUAUUCGGUCGAGCAACAGAAGAACAUGUUCGGAACCACUUGAGCAGUCCCCUCUAUGGAAGGCCAUCACGCCAGGGAGAUUGUUGGGAUAUAGCUCUGCGAGGCAGACAAGAUGUAUAA